AUGCUCGCCGCACCUGCUAAGUCCGCCAAACGGCUUUCCUCCCUCUUCUCUAUCGGAUCAUCCAAGGAGACCAAGGACGGCCCCAAGCAGCAGACGCGAAUCCCUACUUCUACUUCAUCACAAUCUUCCCAGUCUGGGAGUUCCACGCAGCACGUUGCGACACCCUCCCAGUCUACCAUCCGUCAUGCGGCGUCUGUACAAAAUUUCCAAGACAACCAGACCGUGACACUGGCCCCCAGAAACGUCUCUGCGCCGCUACCACGCGCGGACCCCUCGAGGGACGAACUGCUCUUGCCUCCGCCUUCUCUCAGUGCUGUCAAUCCCGAUGUCGCUGUCGACACUUCGCCCACGGACAACCAUAAACGGCGGCAAAGCUGGGGUGGGAAUAUACCAGGUCUGGGUCGUCCCAGAUCGGGUUCGGGACUAGGGCUACGACCACCAAGUCAGAUAAUUGAAUCGAGAUUAACCAAGGGACGGAGCUGGGUGCCCGGGAGAGCUUCAAAGGGGGCGGAUGUAGCUACUGAUAGCAAGCCGAUGAUGAGAGCCUGGAUUGCUGGAACUACCCAGGAGAUGCCAUACGAUGUCGAUCAACUGGUCGCCGGCGAGAAGAUCUCAGAGCUUUGGGAUGAGGAAGGCGAUACCUACGUGUACCUUUUUCCAAAAAACACUGGCCGCCCGCCUUCCUUCAAGGUUCCAUCAUGCACAUUCAGUUCCUCUGCGGCGUUGACAGCCAUGGUCCGUGGCUCAGACCCGGCCCCUUAUCGCCUUCCAGACCGUCCGCCUAAACUUCAUCUUUCUGUUCCCGUUUCGCCACCAGUUUCUCCCCCCCUAGGCCCUGCCGACGGGUCCCAGGAUGAUUCUGACGGAAGAAGAUCGAGAGACUACCUGCUGGAAGAGAGCACCCAGGAACUGCAUCUUUAUCUGCCCAUUCCCCUAAACAGUGACGUUUCGAACAACCGCCCAGUCCUGCAUGAUGACGAUGUGGAUGUACUUGUUCUUUUUCGAAAUCUUUUCGCCUUUCUUGUUGGGCAGUCGUUGGUUGCAACACCACGAUUCCCCACGAUAUUUUCCAUUUUCAUGGAGAUAUCCGGUUUGCUCGACAGGUUUUCCUUUGCAAAUCUGGAUGGUUCGACUUUUGGCGAGACUUCCGUUUCCAGUUUCGCGUGCUACUGCGACGAGUUAGGACUGUCUGAUGUGAGGAAGAGCCCCGAAAAGACCCUUCAGGCAAUCAUCCUGGGAGAACGAAUGCGGUACCUUCCACUUUACCAAGAAGGAUUUACCCAUGGAGUUGGCAAGUUGGAUGAUAUCAAGCUCGUGGACAGCUCGAGAUACGCGCUCGUGUCGAAGGUCACACAAAAAAGACUGGAGAGGGGAUAUCUCGAUCUCGAAAACCGCUUGAAAGUUGUUCGAGAAAAGUUGGAUGACUUUGACUUUCCUCAGCUAUUCUCCGGCUUUGCGAAUUCCACCGUGAUGAACGAAGCCAAAAUCAUCCGUUUCAAAAACUGGAAAAACGCGUUCCUCGCGUUCAGGAAGCACGUUAUGGCUUACUACCGAUCGAGAUUUGGGUCUUGGCCGCCAAAGGCGAAUUCGAAGAAAAAUGACUUUGAGGAGAGUGGUCUAAAUCGAUUGCUGCUCAAGGAGCUAUACAACGACUUUGCUGAUCUCUACGACAUGCUGGUUGAUAGAACGUCUCUGACCACGCGAUCCUCUGACAUGACGAUCACAGACCCUGAAGUUGGUGAUUCAGACCAAUCCCCCACAUCUCGAGCAUUGAGACAUGUUAUGAGUGAAUUCGACCGAAGCACGCCUCCAGUGGCACCUCCAAUUCCUUUCGACAUUCCACUCCAGCCCACCAUUCGAACUAUCAAGCGACGGCUUGACCCAAAGAAAGAAGCGAAAGAGCGCGCCAAGAAGCUCUCUAGCGGCGAGGUGAAUGAAAUUCUGCUUGGGGCGUAUAACAACAAGAGUAUGAGGCCAACUCCUUUCCUGGAAAGCUUCACGAAGUUCGAGAGGCGGGUGGGCAGCGGGAAAGAAUACCGACGAGUUGUCGGACAACAGAUGUGGACAGUGGUUGUUCAUGUAUGCCGUCCUUCAAUCUCUCCCCAUGAUCGUGGUCGACGCGCCAAACGUCAAAUUCACGGACGGGCGUGGAAUACUUUCUGUGCAUCCCUCCCUCGUGGAGGUUCCCCAUGGUGCAAGGAUGACGCAAAGUCAGGCCGCAGCUGGUUCGGUGUUGCUGGUGGAUCUGGCGUGGUCAACCUCCCCUCAGAUGUCGUUGCGAAUGGGGUUGAAGGGAUAUAUCGGCGGAGUCAUUGUUGGCAGGUUGCUACAAAAUGGGCCGAUCAGCAGCAGCUACACUCAACGGUGAUGCAGGAUGUCGCGCCGGCUAGUCCAAACAUUCCGGCCUCUCCACAGCAGGCUCCUUUUUCACCCCAGCAACCACUCCAAUAUCAAACGCAAUAUCCAGACGAAUUCCACCCUCAGUUCCAGCCAUACCAACCGCAAUUCCAACCACAGUACCAACCACAGUACCAACCACAGUACCAACCACAAUACCAACCACAGUUCCAACCGCAAUUCCAUCAACCACCAUAUCAAGCACAAUAUCAACCAUAUCAGCCUCCGAACGUUGUUCCUCCGCCGCUGUCUACCGAAUCAACGUCCGAUAAGCAGCCCACUCCGCUUUUGACGCCAGGCAACAUCACACCACCAAUGUUUUCGCUUCCCUUGCCGAAUGCAGGGUUUGCCAGACCAGGGAACAGGUCCUCUAUUCACAUGGGUCUGGAGGCCCUGCCCCUUCCCGCCGGAGUGGUUCCUGUCGACCCCCCCUCACGUCCGGUCAGCCACAACCCAAACCUCAGCUUUGAUCACAUUUUAGGAGAUAUGCCCAGGAAGACGAAGAAAUGA